AUGGAGGUAAGUUUUGAAAAGAGACACUAUCUGUCAAGCAGUAACACCUUUUAUUUUAUUAAUGUUUUGUAACACAAGUAAAUGGUUUAAAUUUUAUCAAAAUAAACAUAUACAGUGUAUUUAAAUUGACAUUUAAAGUCAAAUUUGAUGUUUCAAAAUCUACAUUUUUUAUGUUUUGAACAGAUAUUGUGAUACAUUUAAUCCAUGUGUCUGUUUUUCAUUUCUGGUAAGACCUAAGAUGGCCAUUGAUAUGUGCAAGAUGGGCACCAGUGCCAUCAUUCAUUAUUAUUAUUUUUUGCCAUGGGGCGGAGAGAAGUUGUACAGAUAAUUUCCUGCAAUUCUACACAUUUUCCCAUAGUGUGGAGGCAAAAGUUUGCAGUUUUUAAUAUGAUAACGGUAAUUCGACCAUGCUUACUAUAAGUUUAGAUAGCUGGCCGCUAGACAAACAUACCAAUCUAGAAAGAAAUGCUGACAUGGGAAAUUUUGAAACUGCACCUUGUGGCUAUUACUCUAAUUCUCAAGAAUAAGUUGAGACCCUGACUGAGUUAUAUAUAUACAGUGUGGAAAAAAAGUAUUUAGUCAGCCACCAAUUGUGCAAGUUCUCCCGCUUAAAAAGAUGAGAGAGGCCUGUAAUUUUCAUCAUAGGUACACGUCAACUAUGACAGACAAAUUGAGAUUUUUUUUCUCCAGAAAAUCACAUUGUAGGAUUUUUAAUGAAUUUAUUUGCAAGUUAUGAUGGAAAAUAAGUAUUUGGUCACCUACAAACAAGCAAGAUUUCUGGCUCUCACAGACCUGUAACUUCUUCUUUAAGAGGCUCCUCUGUCCUCCACUCGUUACCUGUAUUAAUGGCACCUGUUUGAACAUGUUAUCAGUAUAAAAGACACCUGUCCACAACCUCAAACAGUCACACUCCAAACUCCACUAUGGCCAAGACCAAAGAGCUGUCAAAGGACACCAGAAACAAAAUUGUAGACCUGCACCAGGCUGGGAAGACUGAAUCUGCAAUAGGUAAGCAGCUUGGUUUGAAGAAUUCAACUGUGGGAGCAAUUAUUAGGAAAUGGAAGACAUACAAGACCACUGAUAAUCUCACUCGAUCUGGGGCUCCACGCAAGAUUUCACCCCGUGGGGUCAAAAUGAUCACAAGAACGGUGAGCAAAAAUCCCAGAACCACACGGGGGGACCUAGUGAAUGACCUGCAGAGAGCUGGGACCAAAGUAACAAAGCCUACCAUCAGUAACACACUAUGCCGCCAGGGACUCAAAUCCUGCAGUGCAAGACGUGUCCCCCUGCUUAAGCCAGUACAUGUCCAGGCCUGUCUGAAGUUUGCUAGAGUGCAUUUGGAUGAUCCAGAAGAGGAUUGGGAGAAUGUCAUAUGGUCAGAUGAAACCAAAAUAUAACUUUUUGGUAAAAACUCAACUCGUCGUGUUUGGAGGACAAAGAAUGCUGAGUUGCAUCCAAAGAACACCAUACCUACUGUGAAGCAUGGGGGUGGAAACAUCAUGCUUUGGGGCUGUUUUUCUGCAAAGGGACCAGGACGACUGAUCCGUGUAAAGGAAAUAAUGAAUGGGGCCAUGUAUCGUGAGAUUUUGAGUGAAAACCUCCUUCCAUCAGCAAGGGCAUUGAAGAUGAAACGUGGCUGGGUCUUUCAGCAUGACAAUGAUCCCAAACACACCGCCUGGGCAAUGAAGGAGUGGCUUCGUAAGAAGCAUUUCAAGGUCCUGGAGUGGCCUAGCCAGUCUCCAGAUCUCAACCCCAUAGAAAAUCUUUGGAGGGAGUUGAAAGUCUGUGUUGCCCAGCGACAGCCCCAAAACAUCACUGCUCUAGAGAUCUGCAUGGAGGAAUGGGCCAAAAUACCAGCAACAGUGUGUGAAAACCUUGUGAAGACUUACAGAAAACAUUUGACCUGUGUCAUUGCCAACAAAGGGUAUAUAACAAAGUAUUGAGAAACUUUUGUUAUUGACCAAAUACUUAUUUUCCACCAUAAUUUGCAAAUAAAUUCAUUAAAAAUCCUACAAUGUGAUUUUCUGGAUUUUUUUUCUUCUCAUUUUGUCCGUCAUAGUUGACGUGUACGUAUGAUUAAAAUGACAGGCCUCUCUCAUCUUUUUAAGUGGGAGACCUUGCACAAUUGGUGGCUGACUAAAUACUUCUUUUCCCCCACUGUAUACAGUUGAAGUCGGAAGUUUACAUACACCUUAGCCAAAUACAUUUAAACUCAGUUUUUCACAAUUCCUGACAUUUAAUCCUAGUAAAGAUUCCCUGUCUUAGGUCAGUUAGGCUCACCACUUUAUUUUAAGAAUGUGAAAUGUCAGAGUAAUAGUAGAGAGAAUGAUUUAUUUCAGCUUUUAUUUCUUUCAUCACAUUCCCAGUGGGUCAGAAGUUUACAUACUCUCAAUUAUUAUUUGGUAGCAUUGCCUUUAAAUUGUUUUACUUGGGUCAAACGUUUCAGGUAGCCUACCACAAGCUUUUUCAGUUCUGCCCACACAUUUGCUAUAGGAUUGAGGUCAGGGCUUUGUGAUGGCCACUCCAAUACCUUGACUUUGUUGUCCUUAAGCCAUUAUGCCACAACUUUGGAAGUAUGCUUGGGGUCAUUGUCCAUUUGGAAAACCCAUUUGCGACCAUGCUUUAACUUCCUGACUGAUGUCUUGAGAUGUUGCUUCAAUAUAUCCACAUAAUUGUCCUUCCUCAUGAUGCCAUUUAUUUUGUGAAGUGCACCAGUCCCUCCUGCAGCAAAGCACCCCCACAGUAUGAUGCUGCCACCCCCGUGCUUCACGGUUGGGAUGAUGUUCUUCGGCUUGCAAGCAACCCCCGUUUUCCUCCAAACAUAACGAUGGUCAUUAUGGCCAAACAGUUCUAUUUUUGUUUCAUCAGACCAGAGGAAAUUUCUCCAAAAAGUACGAUCUUUGUCCCCAUGUGCAGUUGAAAACCGUAGUCUGGCUUUUUUAUGGCAGUUUUGGAGCAGUGGCUUCUUUAUUGCUGAGCGGCCUUUCAGGUUAUGUCGAUAUAGGACUCGUUUUACUGUGGAUAUAGAUACAUUUGUACCUGUUUCCUCCAACAGCUUCACAAGGUCCUUUGCUGUUGUUCUGGGAUUGAUUUGCACGUUUCGCACCAAAGUACGUUCAUCUCUAGGAGACAGAACGCGUCUCCUUCCUGAGCGGUAUGACGGCUGUGUGGUCCCAUGGUGUUUAUACUUACGUACUAUUGCUUGUACAGAUUAAAGUUGUACCUUCAGGCGUUUGGAAAUUGCUCCCAAUGAUGAACCAGACUUGUGGAGGUCUACAAUUUUCUGAGGUCUUGGCUGAUUUCUUUUGAUUUUCCCAUGAUGUCAAGAAAAGAGGCACUGAGUUUGAAGGUAGGCCUUCAACUACAUCCACAGGUACACCUCACCUUGACUCAAAUGAUGUCAAUUAGCCUAUCAGAUGUUUCGAAAGCCAUGACAUCAUUUUCUGGAAUUUUGUAAGCUGUUUAAAGGCACAGUCAACUUAGUGUAUGUAAACUUCUGACCCACUGGAAUUGUGAUACAGUGAAUUAUAAGUGAAAUAAUCUGUCUGUAAACAAUUGUUGGAAAAAUUACUUGUGUCAUGCACAAAGUAGAUGUCCUAACCGACUUGCCAAAACUAUAGUUUGUUAACAAGAAAUUUGUGGAGUGGUUGAAAAUGAGUUUUAAUGACUCCAACCUAUGUGUAUGUAAACUUCCGACUUCAACUGUAUAUAUACACUGCUCAAAAAAAUAAAGGGAACACUUAAACAACACAAUGUAACUCCAAGUCAAUCACACUUAUGUGAAAUCAAACUGUCCACUUAGGAAGCAACACUGAUUGACAAUAAAUGUCACAUGCUGUUGUGCAAAUGGAAUAGACAACAGGUGGAAAUUAUAGGCAAUUAGCAAGACACCCCCAGGACUGGUUUUGCAGGUGGUGAUAACAGACCACUUCUCAGCUCCUAUGCUUCCUGGCUGAUGUUUUGGUCACUUUUGAAUGCUGGCAGUGCUUUCACUCUAGUGGUAGCAUGAGACGGAGUCUACAACCCACACAAGUGGCUCAGGUAGUGCAGCUCAUCCAGGAUGGCACAUCAAUGCGAGCUGUGGCAAGAAGGUUUGCUGUGUCUGUCAGCGUAGUGUCCAGAGCAUGGAGGCGCUACCAGGAGACAGGCCAGUACAUCAGGAGACGUGGAGGAGGCUGUAGGAGGGCAACAACCCAGCAGCAGGACUGCUACCUCCGCCUUUGUGCAAGGAAGAGCAGGAGGAGCACUGCCAGAGCCCUGCAAAAUGACCUCCAGCAGGCCACAAAUGUGCAUGUGUCUGCUCAAACGGUCAGAAACAGACUCCAUGAGGGUGGUAUGAGGGCCCGACGUCCACAGGUGGGGGUUGUGCUUACAGCCCAACACCGUGCAGGACGUUUGGCAUUUGCCAGAGAACACCAAGAUUGUCAAAUUCGCCACUGGCGCCCUGUGCUCUUCACAGAUGAAAGCAGGUUCACACUGAGCACAUGUGACAGACGUGACAGAGUCUGGAGACGCCGUGAAGAAAGUUCUGCCUCUUGCAACAUCCUCCAGCAUGACCGGUUUGGAGGGUGGGUCAGUCAUGGUGUGGGGUGGCAUUUCUUUGGGGGGCCGCACAGCCCUCCAUGUGCUCGCCAGAGGUAGCCUGACUGCCAUUAGGUACCGAGAUGAGAUCCUCAGACCCCUUGUGUAUAUAUACACUGCUCAAAGAAAUUAAGGGAACACUAAAAUAACAUUCUUCUGAAUGUUUUUGUUGUUAUUCUGUCUCUCACUGUUCAAAUAAACCUACCAUUAAAAUUAUAGACUGAUCAUGUCUUUGACAGUGGGCAAACGUACAAAAUCAGCAGGUGAUCAAAUAAUUUUUUACCUCACUGUAUAUACAGUGCAUUCGGAAAGGAUUCAGACCCCUUGACUUUUUUCACAUUUUGUUACGUUACAGCUUUAUUCUAAAAUUGAUUCAAUUGUUGUUGUUUUUUCUCAUCAAUCUACACAAAUACCCCAUAAUGACAAAGCAAAAACUGGUUUUUAGAAAUGUUUGCACAUUUAUAAAAUAAAUAAAUGGAAAUAUCACAUUUACAUAAGUAUUCAGACCCUUUACUCAGUACUUUGUUGAAACACCAAUGGCAGCAAAAACAGCCUAGAGUCUUCUUUGGUAUGACGCUACAAGCUUGGCACACCUGUAUUUGGGGAGUUUCUCCCAUUCUUCUCUGCAGAUCACCUCAAUCUCCUUCAGGUUGGAUGGGGAGUGUCGCUGCACAGCUAUUUCCAGGUCUCUCCUGAGAUGUUCGACCGGGUUCAAGUCCGGGCUCUGUCUGGGACACUCAAGGACAUUCAGAGACUUGUCCCGAAGCCACUCUUGUGUUGUUUUGGCUUUGUGCUUAGGGUCGUUGUCAUGUUGGAAGAUGAACAUUAACCCCAGUCUGAGAUCCUGAGUUUCUGGAGCAAGUUUUCAUCAAGGAUCUCUCUGUACUUUGCUCUAUUAAUCUUUCCCUCAAUCCUGACUAGUCUCCCAUUCCCUGCCACUGAAAAACAUCCCCACAGCAUGAUGCUACCACCAUGCUUCACAGUAUGGAUAGUGCCAGGUUUCCUCCAGACAUGGCGCUUGGCAUUCAGGCCAAAGAGUACAAUAUUGGUUUCAUCAGACCAUAAAAGCUUAUUUCUCAUGGUCUGAGAGUCCUUUAGGUGCCUUUUGGGAAACUGAGGAGUGGCUUCUGUCUGGUCACUCUACCAUAAAGGCCUGAUUGGUGGAGUGCUGCAGAGAUGGUUGUCCUUCUGGAAGGUUCUCCCAUAUCUACAGAGGAACUCUGGAGCUCUGUCAGAGUGACUAUCGGAUUCUUGGUCCUCUCCUUGACUGAGGCACUUCUCCCCCGAUUGCUCAGUUUGGCCGGGCGGCCAACUCUGGGAAGAGUCUUGGUGGUUCUAAACUUCUUCCAUUUAAGAAUGAUGGAGUCCACUGUGUUCUUGGAUGUUCAAUGCUGCAGACAUUUUUUGGUACCCUUCCCAUGAUCUGUGCCCCGACACAAUCCUGACUCAGAGCUCUACGGACAAUUCCUUCGACCUCAAGGCUUGGUUUUUGCUCUGACAUGCAAUGUCAACUGUGGGACCUUAUAUAGACAGGCGUGUGCCUUUCCAAAUCAUGUCUAAUCAAUUGAAUAUACAACAGGUGGACUCCAAUAAAGUUGUAGAAACAUCUCAAGAAUCAUCAUUGGAAACAGGAUGCAGCUGAGCUCAAUUUCGACUUUCAUAGCAAAGAGUCUGAAUACUUAAGUAAAUAAGGUAUUUCUGUUUUUAAUUUUUAAAACAUUUGCAAAAUUCAAAAAACCUGUUUUCGCUUUGUCAUUAUGGGGUAUUGUGUGUAGAUUGAUAAGGAAAAUGUUUUAUUUAAUCCAUUUUAGAAUAACGCUGUAACGUGACAAAAUGUGGCGAAAGGGAAGGGGUCUGAAUACUUUCCGAAUGCAGUGUAUUUAUAAAAUACUGUACAAGUCAAAAGUUUGGACACACCUACUCAUUCCAGGGUUUUUCUUCAGUUUUACUAUUUUCUACAUUGUAGAAUAAUAAUGAAGACAUCAAAACUAUGAAUGAACACAUAUGGAAUCAUGUAGUAACCAAAAAAGUGUUUAACAAAUCAAAAUAUAUUAUAUAUUUGAGAUUCUUCAAAGUAGCCACCCUUUGCCUUGAUGACAGCUUUGCACACUAUUGGCAUUGUCACAUGUGUCAUGUGACACUUAGAUUGCACACAGGUGGACUUUAUUUAACUAAUUAUGUGACUUCAGAAGAUAAUUGGUUUAUUUCACUUAACCAAUUUGUACAAUUGUGUGUUUCCAUUACAUGAAAUCCAAAUAAAAAUCCAUUUAAAUUACAGGUUGUAAUUCAACAAAAUUGGUUAAAAUGCCAAAGCGGAUGAAUACUUUUGCAAGCCACUAUACGUUCAAAUGGCUCUCCUGUGAAGUAGUGACAUGCAACAUACGCCUAGUUUCCCGAAACUAGUCACGCACAUAGAGUACCAAUCAAAAGUUUGGACACACCUACUCAUUCCAGGGUUCUUCUUUAUUUUUACUAUUUUCUACAUUGUAGAAUAAUAGUGAAGACAUCAAAACUAUGAAAUAACACAUAUGGAAUCAUGUAAUAACCAAAAAAGUGUUAAACUAAAUAAAAUAUAUUUUAUAUUUGAGAUUCUUCAAAGUACCCAUCCUUUGCCUUGAUGACAGCUUUCCACACUCUUGGCAUUGUCACAAACAGCUUCAGGAGGAAUGCUUUUCCAAUGGUCUUGAAGGAGUUCCCACAUUUGCUGAGCACUUCUUGGCUGAUUUUCCUUCACUCUGCCGUCCGAGUCAUCCCAAACCAUCUCAAUUGGGUUGAGGUCGGGUGAUUGUGGAGGCCAGGUCAUCUGAUGCAGCACUCCAUCACUCUCCUUCUUGGUAAAAUAGCCCUUAAACAGCCUGGAGGUGUGUUGGGUCAUUGUCCUGUUGAAAAACAAAUGAUAGUCCCACUAAGCCCAAACUAGAUGGGAUGGCGUAUCGCUGCAGAAUGCUGUGGUAGCCACGCUGGUUAAGUGUGCCUUGAAUUGUAAAUAAAUCACAGACAGUGUCACCAGCAAAGCACCCCCACACCAUAACAUCUCCUCCUCCAUGCUUUACGGUAGGAAAUACACAUGCGGAGAUCAUCCGUUCACCCACACUGCGUCUCACAAAGACACAGCAGUUGGAACCAAAAAUCUCAAAUUUGGACUCCAGACCAAAGGACACAUUUCCACCGGUCUAAUGUCCAUUGCUCCUGUUUCAGCAGGUCUCUUCUUUUUAUUGGUGUCUAGUAGUCGUUUCUUUGCAGCAAUUCGACCCUGAAGGCCUGAUUCACACAGUCCCCUCUGAACAGUUGAUGUUGAGAUGUGUCUGUGACUUCAACUGUGAAGCGUUUAUUUGGGCUGCAAUUUCUUAGGCUGGAAACUCUAAUGAACUUAUCCCCUGCAGCAGAGGUAACUCUGGGUCUUCCAUUCCUGUGGUGGUCCUCAUGAGAGCCAGUUUCAUCAUAGCGCUUGAUGGUUUCUGUGACUGCACUUGAAGAAACUUUAAAAGUUCUUGAAAUGUUCAGUUUUGACUGACCUUCAUGUCUUAAAGUAAUGAUGGACUGUCGUUUCUCUUUGCUUAUUUGAGCUGUUCUUGCGAUAAUAUGGACUUUUACCGAAUAGGGCUAUCUUCUGUAUACCCCCCCCCCCCCCUUGUCUCAACACAACUGAUUGGCUCAAACGCAUUAAGAAGGAAAGAAAUUCCACAAAUUAACUUUUAAGAAGACACACCUGUUAAUUGAAAUGCAUUCCAGGUGACUAACUCAUGAAGCUGGUUGAGUGAAUGCCAAGAGUGUGUAAAGCUUUCAUCAAGGCAAAUAGUGGCUAUUUGAAGAAUCUGAAAUAUAAUAUAUUGUUUAACUUGUUUAACACUUUUUUGGUUACUUCAUGAUUCCAUAUGUGUUAUUUCAUAGUUUUGAUGUCUUCACUAUUACUCUACAAUGUAAAAAAUAGUAAAAAUAAAGAAAAACCUUUGAAUGAAUAGGUGUAUCCAAACCUUUGACUGGUACUGUACAUAUUGAUAGGUAAAGACCUUUAGAGUUUAAUUUGGGAGAUGGUAACUAUAGAAACAACUUCUUCCGUGGUGCCCCAAAUCCUAAUGAGUUAAUUGUUACAUGAUGAAUUUAAUCGAGUAACAAUUAAAUGUAGUUAGUUGAUUCUAUAAAUAACAGUCAUCAUAUUAAUGAAAGUCACAUCACGACAACUGGAACUAAGGGGCCUAGCACAAACCAUGAAAAACAGCCCUAGACAAUUAUUUCUCCUCCACCAAACUUUACAGUUGGCAGAAUGCAUUCGGGCAGAUAGCAUUCUCCUGUUGUCCGCCAAACCCAGAUUUGUUCGUCGGACUGACAGAUGGUGAAGCGUGAUUCAUCACUCCAGAGAAUGCGUUUCCACUGCUCCAUAGUCCAAUGGCGGUGAGCUUUACACCACUCAAACCGACGCAUGGCAUUGUACAUGGUGAUCUUAGGCUUGUGUGCGGCUGCUCGGCCAUGGAAACACAUUUCAUGAAGCUCCCGACGAACAGUUCUUGUGCUGAUGUUGCUUCCAGAGGCAGUUUGGAACUCGAUAGUGAGUGUUGCAACCGAGAACAGACCAUUUUUAUGCGCUACGUGCUUUAGCACUCGGCUGUCCCGUUAUUAGAGCUUUUGUGGCCUACCACUUCACGGCUGAGCCGUUGUUGCUCCUAGACAUUUCCACUUCACAAUAACAGCACUUACAAUUGACAGGGGCAGCUCUAGCGGGGCAGAAAUUUGACGAAAUGACUUGUUGGAAAGGUGGCAUCCUAUGACGGUGCCACGUUGAAAGUCACUGAGCUCUUCAGUAAGGCCAUUAUACUGCCAAUGUUUGUCUAUGGAGAUUGCAUGGCGGUGUGCUCGAUUUUAUAAACCUGUCAUCAAUGGGUGUGGCUGAAAUAGCCGACUCCACUAAUUUGAAGGGGUGUCCACAUACUUUUGUAUAUAUACAGUAUUGUAUAUAAUGACUUAUCAUGAUCAGUUCAGAUGGGAGUCUCUCUCUUUCUCUUUCUCUUUCUCUCUCUCUCUCUCUCUCUCUCUCUCUCUCUCUCUCUCUUCCUCUUCCUAUUUCUCUCUCCGUUCUGUAAUGAAUAAAUAAAAUAGACUUUACCUUCUAUUAUCAGCUCACUUGUAGCCCUCACACAUUUAUAUUUGAAAUGAGACACACUUCGUUUGCUGGCAAUUUGCCUUCCUCAGCAGUCGUGUAGUUGAUAAGGCAGAACCUAUUAAAUUGGUGUAAAUCGUUGCUCGUGGUGGAGUUGCGUGGAUGCUGAGAAAAUAUAAAUGUUGUGCAUUAUCAAUGCAGGGAUUGAGUUUGACGUGGAUGUUAUGUGUAGAAAGUGGCUUUCUAUAUUCAAAGAGAGAGAGCGUGCGUGCGUCCCUGCAUCUUUCCAUGCAGUGUGCGUGCAUGCAUGCCAGCAUGCGUGUCUCUGCCUGUGGUCUAUGUCUAUGCCUGUGGUGUGUGCCUGUACCUCUGCCCAUGCCUAUGCCUGUUUCGGUGUCGGUGCCUGUGUUUCAAGAUGAGACAUUAUGUACUCUGUGCUGUGCCUAUCAGCCAAAGGUUGGGUACAUUUAAUUUCCCAUACUGUGGAGGGGCCAGUAGGUUGUCCUCUGUAAAUCAGAGGCCUCUGGGAUUAGCUCUUGUAUUAGCCACUAGGUCACACAUUCGAAUGGCUUCAGAACGCGCCCCUCUCUCUCUCUCUCUCUCUCUCUCUCUCUCUCUCUCUCACACUCACACUCAGGAGCUGAAGAGUUGGUGUCCUGCGGGACAGACAGAGUUAAAUGUCUUGGCUGGAAGUAGAACAGAGAGAGAGAGAGACCCCUGAGGUUCCAGUGUAAAACUGUGAGAGAGAGGCCCCUGAGGUUCCUGUGUACAAGGACAAUAUUAAUCAAUAUAGCUUUUAAGGCUGAAGAGAACACUACAUGUUUUGAAAAGGUAGUUGUGCAUUAUACAUUGUUGGAUAUUUAGGACGUAGUGUACUGUUUCAAAUACUCAUUUCGAUGUCUCACUAUGGGAUACGCCUGGGCGUGUCCAUAAGCUCAAAGUAACCAAUCACAAAGUUAGCUGUUGAGAUUUGGUUAGCCAUUGCCGCAAGGCUUUGGCUAACUUGGCUAACUAGAUGCAAGGCUAGCUAACCACACAAAGGGCUAGCUCUUGCCGCAAGGCAUAAGCUAACCUGUGUAACUCGCCACAAGGCUAGCUACAACAAAGAAAGUAUGCACUUUUUCCGGCUAGCGGUGUUCUAACCAGCUAGGCUAUAAGCCACGAGGCGAACGCUAGCUAGCUUACACUGCACAAGGAAAACUAUUUCUCAGAGCAAUGGAGCUUGCUGCCCCUGCUCAGGGAGAACCUGGCAGGCCGCCUGCCCCAGCCCCAGAACCGGCACACCCGUGCGGGGCUAUGAUAGUAGGGAGGAGGAAAUGGAAUACAGGGUCCUCGAAUCACUGUAUCACACCGAAAUAGUGGACGAGGAAAACGAGCACGUCGAUAUCGAUGAGGAAGAAAUACUCAAAAUUGAUGAGGGAGAGGAGGAAGGGGAGACUCAAGCCCGCGACUCGAGGCCCUCCUCCAAUCUCAGUGCAGCGUCGGCACCCGAUGAAACUUUCUGGUUUAUCAAUGUCUGUAAACAGGCAGAGGCCAGGCUUGGUAAAGCCCACACCCAUAGCGGUGACCCAAAACUUUCUCUCAGCACUGCGUCACUGGAGGAGCCCCUGGAUCUUCGUCUCUGGCAUUCCCCUAGGGGUAGUGUCAUCGAGGAAGGUAGUGACGACAGAUGCGUCACUCACAGGGUGGGGCGCAGUUCACAAUGGUAGAGCAAUAAACUGAUUAUGGUCCCCACAGCUCCGCCACGCUCAUAUAAAUUACCUUGAACUGCUGACAGUGCUUCAUGCAUUGAUGCACUUUCUGCCCUUCUUUCGGAAUUGUCACGUCCUUGUCAGGACAGACAAUAUAACUAUGGUGGCAUACAUCAACUGCCUGGGUGGUACAAGCUUUCUGCAUCUACACAGACUAUCUUUCAAGAUUUUUCUGUGGAGCAGCGCACACCUACUUUCACUAUGCGCAACUCAUGUCCCAGGCGUAUGGAAUGUGGGAGCAGACUUGUUGUCCAGAGGGAAUUCCCUAAACGGCAGUGGAUGCGCCUCAGAGGAGGAAGGGGAGGACCAUCCUACUCAGUGAAAUAACAAAAUAAAAAAAGUUAUCAUUUUCAGAUAAAACUAUACUAAAUAUGUAGCCAAAUAACUGAUUAAAACACACUGUUUUGUAAUGAAAGUCUACUGUAGCCUCAACAACACCCUCUAUGGUAGCACCAUGGUAUAGCUGGAGGACAGCUAUUUUAUGUUCUCCUCUUGGUACAAUAACCAAUACAAAACCUAGGAGGCUCAUGGUUCUCACCCCCCUCCAUAGACUUAGACAGUAAUUAUGAUGACUUCUGGAGGACGUCCUCCAACCUAUCAGAGCUCAUGCAGUAUGAACUGACAUUGUCCAUCAAAUCAAAGGAUCAGAGAAUGCAAGCAUACGCUACAGCUUGCUAGCACUGCAGUGCAUAAAGUGUGGUGAGUAGUUGACUCAAAGAGAGAGAAAGACAAUAGUUGAACAGUUUUAAAUAAACUAAUUUCUUCAAAAAUUAAGGAGAAGCAGCAGAGAGAGAGCUAGCUAUAUUUCUAUGUAUUUUUUCUUCUUAGUUGAUGUCAUACUUACUUAGCUAGUGCAGCUACUUUAGCCUACUCAACAACCUGACUCAAACAGAGAGGAAUGCUAUUUUUGUUAGCUAGCUGGCUAUCUAUCACUGCUACAAAAUUGUCCUCCCUAAUAUUAAACGGCACCUACCACCACUGCUAUAUGACUGGAGACCAUCUCCAGGUGGUGAACCAGAUCUGGGAGAGAUAAGGUCUCGCCACCGUAGAUAUCCUGCAUUGCUCAAAGACACGCACUGGCCAUUGUUCUUUGCUAUAGUGAGAUAUGCACCACUGGGGCACACCCUUGGCCAAGAGUGAUGCUCUUCGCAUUUCCUCCUCUAUGCUUGAUUCUUCCCACUCUGAACAGCCCCUCGAUGGCCAGGCAGACUGGUUAGCGGAGAUCAUUCUCCUGCUUUACGACGAGCCCUGGCACUUUCCGUUACGCAGGGAUCUGUUGGGACCCAGGCGAAUGGAGAGAUUUUCCACCAUGACCUGGAAACCCCCUGGCCUUGCUCGUGAGAGGAUCAAUCUGAAUGCCUGUGAGAGGAUAAAUCUGAAUGCGACAGGCUUGCCUCUCGGAGUCAUUGAGACUAUCGAGAGCACAAGAGCCCCUUCUACACGCUUACUGUUUGGAAAAAUGUGGUGCAUUUUUUAGAAGUAGUAUGACUUAAAACAGUUAAUUCCCUACCAAUGCUCUGUAUCCUAGGUCGUAUGCUUCUUUUAAGGACCUUUUGGACAGAGGGAAGGCGUUUUCCACUGUUAAGGUCUAUUUAGCCGCUAUCUCGACCUGUCAUAUAGGCUUUGUCAAAACACAGUUGCGAAACACCCGCUGUUGUGUUGUUUCAUGAGUGUGCGCUGUGCACGUCACUUACGCCCAGUCUUCAAACCUUUAGCCCCAUCUAUUGUGCUUGAGGCAAUUUCUCAGCAACCCUUUGAGCCGCUGGAAAGCGUGCAGAUAAAAUAUCUCUCCUGCUAAUUACCCUUAUAUCCGCCGAGUAAGUGAGUGAGCUGCAUGCACUCAGUCCACCAUUAGUUCCUACAGUUUGCCCCGGGGUUUUCCAAGGUAAUGUUGUUACCCAACCCCGCCUUUAUGCCUAAGGUCAGCAGCAAUUACAAUUGCCUCGUCUCACACCGCGUGCACACAGCUUGCAUCAAGUUAUAUGCAUUCCAGCUGAAGUCCAUUCAUUUCAAUGGGAUACAGUCCACACCGCUGCAAUUCAUCUGCCUUGCGUGCAGUGUAUCGCAUGCAUUGGAUUUCAGAAGUAGUGUAGAAACCACCGAAGUAGAGAAACCACCGAAGAAGGUGCUUGUGUGUAGCUGUCAGCUAUGGGAUAGCAACAAGAUAAAAAAUAUAUAUAUUCAUUAUUUGCUAGUGAAAUCUGCACGGUAUUUAGGGUAUUUUUAAGAAAAAAAUUGGGGGGACAUUUUGGUAUAUAUAGGCUAGCUCACUGAAAAGUUUUCAUUCAUCUACUACAAUGAGAUCAAAGUAGUUAAAAAAAAAUGUUUUACCUUUAUUUAACCAGGUAAACCAGUUGAGAACAAGUUCUCAUUUAAAACUGCAACCUGGCCAAGAUAAAGCAAAGCAGUGCGAUAAAAACAACAACACAGAGUUACAUAUGGGGUAAAACAAAACAUAAAGUCAAGAAUACCACAGAAAAUAUGCAAAUGAGCAAAAUAAAUAACAAUAUGGGGAUGAGGUAGUUGAGUGGGCUAAUUUCAGAAGGACUGUGUAAAAGUGCAGUGAUCGGUAAGGUGCUCUGACAACUGAUACUUAAAGUUAGUGAGGGAGAUAAGAGUCUCCAGCUUCAGAGAUUUUUGCAGUUCGUUCCAGUCAUUGGCAGCAGAGAACUGGAAGGAAUGGUGGCCAAAGGAGGUAUUGGCUUUGGGGUUGACCAGUGAGAUAUACCUGCUGGAGCGCAUACUACGGGUGGGUGUUGCUAUGGUGACCAAUGAGCUAAGAUAAGGCAGAGAUUUGCCUAGGAGUGAUUUAUAGAUGGCCUGGAGCCAGUGGGUUUGGCGACGAAUAUGUAGUGAGGACCAGCCAACAAGAGUGUACAGGUCACAAUGGUGGGUAGUAUAUGGGGCUUUGGUGACAAAACGGAUGGCACUGUGAUAGACUACAUCCAAUUUGCUGAGUGGAGUGUUGGAGGCUAUUUUGUAAAUGACAUCGCCGAAGUCAAGAUUCGGUAGGAUAGUUUGUUUUACGAGGGCAUUUUUGGCAGCAUGAGUGAAGGAGGCUUUGUUGCGAAAUAGGAAGCUGAUUCUAGAUUUAACUUUGGAUUGGAGAUGCUUAAUGUGAGUCUGGAAGGAGAGUUUACAGUCUAACCAGACACCUAGUUAUUUGUAGUUGUCCACAUACUCUAGGUCAGACCCGUCGAGAGUAGUGAUUCUAGUCGGGUGGGCGGGUGCCAGCAGCGUUCGAUUGAAAAGCAUGCAUUUAGUUUUACUAGUUGAGGAAGCUCCUGCUCAUUCCCUAGUACAGUAGGGCCCAGAGGCGCCCUAGGUUUUCUGGGUCCACCCACUGCUACAGACCAGAAAAUCAGCACGGGGAGUACCAUCGGCUGGUCAUGGAAUUCGGACUGAGUUCCGACGCUACUUUCGACUUGACCGGGGCCAGUUUGACCUCCUACUCACCAAGAUAGGAGCAAGCGUCGCGAGGAUGAAGACCAACUACCGCGAGCCCAUCAGUCCCGCUGAACGACUCGUAAUUUGUCUCUGUUCAUUUGUGUACCCACAUUAUGUAUAUACUUAAUUAAUAGUUGCCACAAAAUUGCUCAUGGUAAAUGAGACUAUCGACAUUGUAAGCUAAAAUGUACUAGUAUCACGUUUCAGGAGAAGACCCAGAUGCAGACAGAGGCGAAGUAACAAAGGUUUAUUACAAAAACAGGGGGCAGGCAAAGGACAGGUCAAUGGCAGGCAGAGGUCAGUAAUCCAGGUCAGAGUCCAAAAGGUACAGAACGGCAGGCAGUCUCAGGGUCAGGGCAGGCAGAAUGGUCAAAACCGGGAAACCAGGAACUUGAGAAACGCCAGGAACAAGAGGAAACCCACUGGUAGCCUUGACAGAACUAAACGAACUGGCAACAGACAAACAGAGAACACAGGUAUAAAUACACUGGGGAUAUUGGGGAAGAUGGGCGACGCCUGGAGGGGGGUGGAGACAAUCACAAAGACAGGUGAAACAGAUCAGGAUGUGACAACUAGCCUAUAAUGAGUUUGUGUCAUGUCUACACCCGCUCCCCCGCUCCAGCGCUCGACGUCGCCGGUUUACUAACCAUUAUUACGCACACCUGCGCCCCAUCAUUAGGCACACCUGGACUUCAUCACUACCCUGAUUACUUCCCCUAUAUCUAGGACUCUGUAGCAUUUCUCACCAUGCAGUGUUGGUUUUGUUUUCAUGUCAGACGCUCAUCUUGUUUUGUAUUGCACCAUGUUUGUUUAUAUUAAACUCAACACCAGCUUCCUGACUCCCUGCGUCUCCAUUUGGUAUAGCUUACAAUACAAUACAACAUGGAUGAAACAAUAGUUUGCCAGAUUAUAAUUAAUUUAUAACGAGGCAAUGGUGAAUAGACUAGGCCUACUGAUUAGAUUGAAUGUACGUAGCAGGGGGUAGGCUAAAUAAUAACAUAAUAUCAACAUUCAUUGUUUCUUUAUUAGCAGAUUCCUUGCAACUGGUGACUCGUUCCGGACCAUUGCAUUCAGCUACAGUGUGGGCUGGUCCAAAGUGGCAAACAUUGUGUCCACAGUGAAGUAA